UGCAGUUCGUCGUCCUUGUUACAGGUCGCUCUAAACGAGCUAACAUCCCUAAAAUCCUCCACCUUCCCCGAAAACGCCUCGACCCCGAACACAUGCCGCCGCCUUAUCCAAGACGCCGCGGACCACGUCAGCAUGUCCGCGGCCUCUCCGAGUUCCGACACCGCCCACUGGGCCGAGGACGCAAGAACUUGGCUCAGCACCGCGGUGACGGACCAACAAACAUGUCUCCAAGCCCUGACCGAUCCGUCAGCGAACAUCUCCGUCUCGGCGCAGACGGAGAUCUGAGCGUCAAUGGCGAACGCCGCCGUCUUCACCAGCAACAGCUUGGCGAUCGUGUCGAAGAUUCCCGGCCUCAUUCGAGGUCGGACUAACAUUUCUAGCCGAAGAAGAAUGGGGGAACUGGCUGCGACGGAGGAGGCGGAAUUGAGGCCGAAUGCGACGGUGGCGAGAGACGGCAGCGGCGAUUACGAGACGAUUGGGGAAGCGGUGAAGGCCGUGCCGGAGAGAAGCAAGCGGAGAUUCUUUAUCUACGUCAAAAGAGGGGAGUAUAAGGAAAAUGUGGUGGUGGGUAAGGAUAGUUGGAAUUUGGUGAUGUACGGAGAUGGAUCGGAGAAGACGGUGGUUUCCGGCCGCUUGAACUACGUCGACGACGGACUUGGCCCCUUCGAUAGUGCCACGUUGAUCGCAGAAGGCCGCGGCUUCGUGGCGAUGGACAUGGGCUUCAAGAACACAGCCGGCCCGGAAAAAUUCCAAGCCGCGGCCGUCCGAUCCUCCUCCGACCGCUCCAUCUUCUACCGCUGCCGCUUCGACGCCUACCAAGACACACUCUACGCCCACUCCAACCGCCAAUUCUACCGCGACUGCGCCGUCACGGGCACAGUCGACUUCAUCUUCGGCAACGCCGCCGCGGUCUUCCAGAACUGCCGCGUCGAGGCGCGCCAGCCGAUGAGGGGGCAGUACAACACCAUCACGGCGCAGAGCAAGUCCGACCCGAACCAGAACACGGGCUUCGCGGUCCACCGCUGCAGCAUCGGGCCGCGGGGGAACGUCACGGCCCGAACUUACUUCGGGAGGCCGUGGGAAAAUUACUCGACCGCGGUGGUGAUGGUGAGCGAGAUCGGUGGGGUCAUCGAUCCCGAGGGGUGGAGCGCGUGGGAGCCCGGGAGCGACGCGCCGGACUCGAUAUUUUACGGGGAGUAUAAGAAUAACGGGCCGGGUUCGGGCCUUGGUGGGAGGGUGACGUGGCCCGGGUAUAGGCCCGCGAUAGAGGAUGAUGAGGCGGAGGGGUUUUCGGUGGAGAAGUUUAUUCAAGGGAGUGAAUGGAUAGAGGGAUUGAAUAUUAGGUAUGAUCCACACAUAUGAUAUGAGAUUCAUUUGUUUUAAUCUAAUCUCACAUUUUUUUUUGUGUAUUUUUUGAUUUCAAUCUACACCGAAACUAUGU